AUGUGUCAGCUCAACAUACUCGACUACAGUAAGGUCACGGGGGGCUGUGGGCAUCUGUGGGUCGAGGGUGUAGAGCAAUGCUCCGAGGCUGAAGCUAAGGCUACUCGCUGCAAGCUCCUAUGUGAGGACCUGACCCGCAAGGCUAUUGUUCCUAAAACACCGCUUUUCCGGAAAGUUAAGAAUUUUUUGAAGGGUGGCGUCAGUAAGUCUGGACGUUGCCCUUCUUGUGUUAAGGGCGUUACGAUUCCUGUUCCUGGGAGUCAGAGAGUUUGA